AUGAAAUUCGGGCACGUGCUGCGCACGACCAGCGAGGACCUACCCGAUGUCAGCGCGAUCUUUGAGAUGUACAAGCAGCUGAAGAAGCAGAUCAAGGCAAUACCAGACAAAGAUGCCCUGCACGAGGGCGCGGCACCGGCCGCGGGCGGCGACGGCGCGGCGGCCGUCGGCGCCCCUGCGGACGCCCUGAUGCCGACGGCGGCAGGUGCCGGGCAAGGGCAGCCUGCGCAGCGGCUGGCUGCGGACCCUGCUGAGGAGUCUUUUGUGGCCUCACUGGGGUCCAUGCUGGCCAGCAUGAACGACAUGUGGCUGGAGAAGGAGGAGACUUGCGUAAUUCGUGUGGAAGCGCUGGAGGGCGCGCUGGCGGCGGCUGCGCGCGACCGGCGCGAGCUGGCCCCCCUCCAUCAAGAGUUUGUGGACUUCCACGGGGAGGUGCUACUGCUGGUGCACUGGAGCAUCCUGGCCUACACCGCCACCGUCAAGCUGCUCAAGAAGCACCACAAGCGCACCGGCCUGCUGCUGCGCGCGCCGCUGGGCAACCUGCUGUCACAGCCCUUCUGCUCAACAGAGAUGAUGACGGACAUCGCGCACCGCGUCGAGGCCGACAUACGCACCCUGUGCGACCGCAUGCAUGGCGCCGCGCCCGCCAACGGCGUGGCCGGCCCAGUCGAAACCGCGACCGCUGGCGGCGGCGCCGGCACCAGCGCUGCGGAGUUGUCGGCGCGGGGCGCGGCCAACCGCCACCCCGAGGCAGCUGCACCCGGGGCAGCUCGCAGCAGCGGGCUGGACCUGGCCCUGCUGCAGCGCCUGUCCGGUGUGGCGGACCUGGACUCGCCCACCAGCAGCGCUAGUGAGCGCCGCGGGGGCAACGCCGGCGGAGACGCAGACGGUGACCAGGGCGCUGAAGGCGGCCGGCACGAAGCCGACGUGCGCGAAGCCGACAGGCACGCGCAGGUGGAGGGUGAGAGGGAGCAGGAGCAGCGGCAGGAAGCGGUGGUGGCGGGAGGGCAGGCCGCUGUCGAGGGUGAGCCACCUGUGGAGCGCGUUGUCCCGCUCCAUCAGGCCCCGGGGCUGCAUCGCCCACACGACACUGCUUCCGGCAGCGGCGCCAGCGGCGACAGCGAGGACAGCGGCGACAGCUCAGGGGACGCCGAAGCCGCCGAGCGCCUCGGCACCGGCAUGGGCCCGCCGCCCGCCAAGCGCGCGUGCUUUGACGGUGCCCCCUGCCGCACAGCUGCGGCAGCGGUCGCCUCCGGGCGUUGCAGCAUCCUGCGGCAGGCUCAGGUGGCUCUGACCACCUGGGAGCACCUGCGCACUUCCGCCAGCACACCCUCAACACUGAUGGCCAUGCCGGCCUCUGCGCAUGCACUGACUCACACCACUGAGUCGUCCGCCGCAUGA